GGGACCACUGCCUCUAAAAUGAGUCUCUCUGGGGAGAGAGAGGAGGGGACCACUGCCUCUAAAAUGACUCAAGACACCAGUUCUAAGAGUGUCCAGAAGCCCAGAGCAGAGUCACCUGCCCCCAGCCUGCUAUCAAUGAAGAGUGAUCAGCUACCUGCUUUCAGCCAGGAACCAUUACCAGAUGACAAUAAGGAAGUGGAGAGUUUGGACAGUGAGGAUGCAUUAAAGAUCACACACAACCUUCUGGACAGAAGAAGUCAAACUCUUCUGACAGUCCAACAAGACAUUAAGGCUAAACUGAAACACAAGUAUCAACACAUAUCUGAAGGAAUUGGACACCAUGGAAACCAAAGUCUGUUAAAGGACAUCUACACAGAGCUCUACAUCACAGAGGGUGGAAGUGGAGGGGUCAAUAAUGAACAUGAGGUGAGACAGAUAGAGAUGGCAUCCAAGAAACAAAGCACACAAGAGACACCAAUCAAAUGCAACGACAUCUUCAAGCCUUUACCUGGACAAGACAAACCUAUCAGAACUGUGCUGACAAAAGGAAUCGCUGGCAUUGGAAAAACAGUCUCUGUGCAGAAGGUCAUCCUUGACUGGGCAGAGGGAAAAGCAAAUCAGGACGUUCAUUUCAUGUUUCCUCUUCCUUUCCGUGAUCUGAACCUGAAAAAGGACCAAUACAGUCUGAUGCAACUUCUUUCCCACUACUUCUCAGAGCUGAAAGAGAUUGACAGCAUUGAAGAUGGGGAAACCAAAACUGUUUUCAUUUUUGAUGGUCUGGAUGAGUGUCGACUUCCUCUAGACUUCAAAAACAAUGAGAGGUGCUGUGAUGUCACGAAGCCAACCUCAGUGGACGUGCUGCUGACAAACCUCAUCAAGGGGAAUCUGCUUCCCUCUGCUCUCCUCUGGAUAACCUCACGGCCUGCAGCAGCCAAUCAGAUCCCUCCUGAGUGUGUUGACCAGGUGACAGAGGUACGAGGGUUCAAUGAUCCACAGAAGGAGGAGUACUUCAGGAAGAAAAUCACAGAUCAGAAUCUGGCCAAUGAAAUCAUCAAACACAUGAAGACAUCAAGGAGCCUCCACAUCAUGUGCCACAUGCCAGUCUUCUGUUGGAUAUCAGCCACUGUCCUUGAGAUGAUGCUGAAAGAGGCAGAGAAGGAUGAAGUCCCCAAAACUCUGACCCAGAUGUUCACACACUUCACGCACAUCCAAAUCAUUGUGAAGAACAAGAAGUACAACAAAGCCACAGAGACAAACCCAAAGGAACUGUCUCAGUCAGACAAAGAGAUGAUCCUGAAACUGGCAAAGCUGGCUUUCCAACAGCUGCAGAAGGGCAACCUGAUAUUCUAUGAGGAGGACCUGAGAGAGUGUGGCCUUGAUGUCACAGAGGCAUCAGAGUACUCAGCAUUGUGUACAGAGAUCUUUAAAGAAGAAUCUGGGCUGAACCAAGAGAAGGUCUACAGCUUUGUGCAUCUGAGCAUGCAGGAGUUUCUAGCAGCAGUGCAUGCUUUAGAAUCAUGUCUGGACAAGAAGGAAAAUGUUUUUUCCACCACUAGUGAGGAUGAAGAUGAGGAGUCAAUCCAGUUGUCUGACUUACACAGGAGAGCAGUGGACCAGGCCUUGAAGAGUGAGAAUGGACACCUGGACCUGUUCCUCCGCUUCCUUCUGGGUCUCUCACUGGAGUCCAAUCAGAAUCUGUUACGAGGCCUUCUGACACAGACAGGAAGUACAACACAGAGCAAUGAGGAAACAGUUGAGAGAACAGUCAGGUACCUUUCAGACAAGAUCAAAAGGGAAUCCUCACCACAAAGGAUCAUCAACUUGUUCCACUGUCUGAAUGAACUUGGUGCCAACUCUCUAGUUGAAGACAUGCAAACCUCCCUGCGAUCAGGAACUCUUUCAGAAACAGAGCUAGAACCUGACCAAUGUUCAGCCCUGGCCUACCUGUUACUGAUGUCAGAGGAGGUGCUGGAGGAGUUUGACCUGAAGACAUACACCACAUCAGAGACAGGUUAUCAGAGGUUGCUGCCGGUAGUGAAAACCUGCAAGAGAGCACUACUGGAUCGCUGUGAACUCACAUAUGAAUCCUGUGAGACUCUGGCUUCAGCUCUGCAGACACCAAACUCCCCCCUGAGAGAACUGGACCUCAAAUACAAUGACCUGGGAGACAGAGGAGUGGAGCUGCUCUGUGUUGGACUAACCAGUCCACUCUGCAACAUACACUCACUAGUGCUGUCUGGCUGUCUGGUCACAGAGGAGGGCUGUGCUGCUCUGUCUUCAGCUCUGAGGUCAAACCCCUCCCACCUGAAAGAGCUGGACCUGAGCUACAAUCACCCAGGAGACUCUGCAGGGGGACUGCUUUCAGCUGCUCUGGUGGAUCCCACAGAUAAACUGAUGAAGCUGAAUGUGGAUCAUGGUGGAGAGUUCAGGCUGAAAUCAGGGGUGAGGAAAUAUGCCUGUCAUCUCACCCUGGACCCAAAUACAGCAAACCCACACCUGAUACUGUCUGAGGGGAACAGGAAGGUGACACGGGUGGAGGAGAAGCAGCAUUAUGAAGACCAUCCAGACAGAUUUGACAGUCUUCCCCAAGUUCUCUGCAGAGAAGUCUUAUCUGGAUCUCGUUAUUACUGGGAGGUGGAGAAGGAUGGUGACUGGGCUGGCAUUGGUGUGGUGUACAAAGGAAUACAGAGGAAGGGAGAGGAUGACAGUUGUAUUGGAUACAAUAGGAAGUCCUGGGCUUUAUUAUGCUCUGACAGUGAAUAUGACUUUUACCAUUCUGCAGUCAUCAGAUCCAUCCCUGGUCCUGUUUCUAACAGAGUUGGAGUGUAUCUGGACUGGCCAGCUGGUACUUUGUCCUUCUAUAGUGUGUCCUCCUCUGGUACACUGACACACCUUUACACAGAACACACCACAUUCACUGAACCCCUCUAUCCUGGGGUUGGGUUUGGGAUUGGGGCUUUCUCCUCCUCCUCAGUGACCCUGUGUCAGAUAGAUGACCAACACAUUCAAAGGUGAGUCAUAGCAAUGUUUUAUCAUGUGUUUUCCUCUGGAAUCAUUCCUACAAUUAGAUUAGUAUUGGUGUGUUUUAAUGUGUUCUGUUGGACCUACAGACAGUUAGAUUAGUAGUAGUGG